UGAUAUUGCUACUAAUACAAAAGUAUUUAUCGAAAGGCCUUGUUUUCGGUCUAUUUAAGUGUGCUGUGUUUAUAUAAUGGAUUAUCUUAAGAAGGCAAUUUGGGGACCAGACCCCAAGGAGCAAAUGAGAAAAUGUAAUAGUUUGUUACGUAAAAAUAAAAGACAGUUAGAUAGAAGCAUAAACAAUUUAUCUCCAUUACAAAAGAAGACUGAAUCAUUAAUUAGACAGUCAGCUAAGAAGAAUGAUUUAAAAAGUGCUAGAAUUUAUGCGAAGGAACUAAUCAAUAUUAAAAAUCAAAAAAACAGAUUGUACAAAAGCAAGGCACAAUUGGAUAGUAUUACGAUGAAGAUCAAUGAGAAUUUUUCAAUAUUGAAAUUGCAAGGGAAAAUAGGAGAAUCUGCUAUUAUAAUGAGAGAGGUUAAUUCGUUGGUUAGGCUACCUGAGUUGACUGCAACAAUGAGGGAGUUGGAAAAAGAGUUGGUGAAAAGUGGUGUAAUAAACGAGAUGAUAGAAGAUAGAGUUGAUUCGUUCGAAGUUGAUUUUGAAGAAGAAGAAAUCGAUGAGCAAAUCGAUCAAAUUAUAAGUGAAUUGACAUCCGGUCAAUUAGAUAAGGUUAACAAUACACCAACACAUGCAUUAGAGGAGGUCAAUAAUGAAAUAAUAAACCAGGUUGAACAACAACAGCCCUUACAAAAAGUUAAGAGCCCAGAACUUGUAGCUGAGGGAGGUGUUGGUGAUGACAGUGACGAGAUUUUGAAACAAAUGAGAGAGAGAUUAAAGGCGCUACAGGAUUGAUGAGAAUGGUGGGAAUGAUUGGAGCGACAAGAGAAGUUUUUCAGCGAGAUAUAUAAAGAUACAGAGCUAUAUAUGGUCUCAAAGAUAUACAAUUAAACAGACAGCAUAUUGAGUAGGAUUGGCUGGAUCGUA